AUGGUCUCCAUAGCUUCUUUCUUUCUCUUCUGCCUCUCCUCCUUAACCAUUCUAUUCAUCGCAAGAGCCCAAGAUAGAGCUCCUCACGGCCUUGUUUAUGAGAAACCCGUGGCUUUCUCACCGUCAGCGGUUGAGUUCUUCCAUCCCAAAACACAAGAGCCGAAUACCGAGAACCCAUGCGCUGCAUCGUCUAGUUGUUCGCCGUUUCCCCUAGCAGCUCAGUUAGAAGAUACUGAUCAAACACAAGGUAAAAUAUCAACAUCCCAGAGAGGAGGAAAUCAGCUGGGGGCUGGUGGUAUUGCUGGCGUUAUACUUGGUUUGGCAUUUGCAGUGCUUCUCACUAUGGGAGUCUACUAUGUAACGAUCACACGCAAAGCCAACAUAAAUCGAGCCAAUUCUGAUCAACCUAACGCUUGA